AUGAGCAGGGCCAACGCCAACGAUUCGAGCGAGGGCCGCCCGGAACCGCUGAGCCUCCAGCGGGAGCUGGGGCUGGUGAGCGCCGUGUCCCUCAUCGCCGGCACCAUGAUCGGGUCGGGGAUCUUCAUGUCGCCCCAGACGGUGCUGCUGAACAUCGGGAGUCCCGGGGCCAGCCUGCUGAUCUGGUUCCUGUGUGGUCUGGUCGCGAUGCUGGGAGCCCUGUCGUACGCCGAGCUGGGCACCGUCGUCAGGGAGUCGGGCGGGGAGUACGUCUACAUCUACCGCACGUCGGGCCAGCUGCCGGCCUUCGUGUUCAUCUUCACCUCCGUGCUGGUGGUGCGGCCGGCCAGCAUCGCCGGGAUGUCGCUCAGUUUCGCCGAGUACGCGGCGGCCCCCUUCUACCCGGACUGCCCCCCUCCCGCCCUGGUGGUGAAGAGUGCCGCCGCUGUUGGGAUAGUCGUGCUGGCGACGGUCAACUGCCUGAACGUCCGCUUGUCCAUAUCCAUCCAGAACUUCUUCAUGGCAGCCAAGGUGCUGGCCCUGGUGGUGAUAGUCGUCGGGGGCCUGGUUCUCCUCGGAGUGGGAGGGCACACCGACAGCUUUCAGAACGCAUUCGAAGGGUCAAAAGUGGGCGUCAAUCCAAUAGGAGUGGCGUUUUUCCAGGGCCUCUGGUCUUACGACGGCUGGAACAACCUGAACUAUGUUACAGAGGAACUGAAGCGGCCAGAGUCGGACGAUCGCAGGAGUUUCCUUAGUUUUUCUUCUCGUGAUAACGUCUGAAAUCAAAGCGGUGAGGAGGGCGCGGGUGUGUGGGUGUCGCAGCCGCGAUGGAC